GCCAAAAUCAGUUCUGAAAUGGAGGAGGGGUGCAAGAUGCUGAAGCAUGUACGAGGUGAAGAUACGUGGAUGCUUGCUGAUGUGAAUGAACGUGUGGAACAACUGGAGAAGGAACAUUCUGUGCAGAAAAAAAAGAAAAAGGAUAAGCAUUCAAAAAAAGCUAAGAAAGAAAAGAAGAAAAGUAAGAAACAAAAAUCUGAAAAGAAGGAUGACUUACCUGAUAGUUCUUCAGAUUCUUCAGUUGAAUGGGUUGAGUCAAAUGUGUCACAGUCAGAUGACACAGAAAAGGCUUGGAAAGUCAGCAAGCAACCAGAUGCUGUGAAAGAACCCUCUCUGCAGAGAGAAGACUGGAUGAAUUUAGACUUCAUGUCAUUGAAAACCACAUCAGUGGCAGCUGUCAAAGGUGAAAGACACAAAGAAAAAGUAUUGGAACGACAGAAAGCUCAGGAACUUGAGCAGGCUGUGCUGUCUGAGAGAGAACUCAAUCCCUACUGGAAAGAUGGUGGUACAGGUUUGCCACCAGAGAAGGAUGAAGAAGCUUCAGUUAGGAAGGUUACAGUGGUAGAAGAUGCUGGAUUAGGUUGGCUACGAAAAUCAUACCAAAGGAUGAAGGAGCAGGCUGAGAGAGAGAAACGAAGUUUUGAGGAAAUUGUAGCUGAGAGAUAUGGGUCAGUGGAGCUAUUUCAGUCACGAUUAGAAGAAGCUGAAAAAGCUGCAUCCAGAAAGGAAAGUGAUCAUAGAAGUGGAAGAUGGAGGAAAACUGACUAUUCACAAAGUGAGAAAGAGAAAAAAGAACGGCAUGUUGAAAAGGCGACACGAGAUGAAGAUGAUAGAAACAGGAACAUGUCUUGGGACUAUACUAAGGAGAGGUAUGGCAAGAGAUGGGCACAGGAAGACAAAGGUUACAAAAGAGAUAUGUCAAGAGGAGACCAAGGAUGUGGACCCAGUAGCAUGGACUCAGAAUUAAGAGGCUGCAGCUCCAAAGUGGAAAAAUACUCCAGUGAAAAACGGAAUCAGGAAAAGAGUUCCUCUCUAAGCAACAUAAAACACAAAUUUCUGAAACCCUCUGAAGAUGAUUUAUCAUCUUACAGUGCACCUAGGGACUACAAGUCACAGCAAUCCUCUUCCAAACUGCCAGUUCAUAGCUCUUUGAGCAGCCGUUUCCAGAAACCUGGUGAGGGUACUGCACUGGGGACCAAAACACACACAGAAGAUAAUAAUGCGAAACUAAUGUCUGAUCAAAAAUCAUCAGGUACUAGGGAACAAAUUGAUGGCAGUAGUUGGGAAAGAACUCCAAGUGAGGAAAAAGAGAAGUCACGACAGGAGUAUCCAAACAGUAUCCCUGAGAAGAAACAGACAUCAUCUGACAGUAAAACAGCAUGUUCUAGAUCAUCAAAGGACGAGCCACCUCGGGUCCUUAGUGAAGAGGAGAUGAACAGACUGGGAGCGAGGAUUGUGAAAGCAGAACUUAUGGGAGACAUGGAAUUAGCUUCAGAGCUUCAAGCAGAACUCGACAAUGCUCGCAAGUUGAGAGAGACUCAAGGACAGAUUCCAGCAAAGGCUGACAGAGAGGCUUCAAGCAGUCACGAGGCUGAACAAGUGGUCCUUGUCAGAACAGAUCAGAGUGGAAGGGCAUGGCCUGUGACUGGCCCAGCUGAACCACAGGAGCCCAAAGGAGGACGGAGAAAGCGACAGAUGGUCCCUACUCAUGUAGAUAAAGAGAGAGUAAGGUACUUCCAGGAUGAUGAUAGUAUGAACCUGAAGGAUUUGGUCAAAAAUGAGAAGAUGAGGACAGCAGAAGAUCAAAACUCGCUGUUCAUGCGUAUGGCAUCAAAGCUCAUGGAAAAAACUGACAGAGACUACUACACUCUGGAUGACAUGUUUGUUUCUAAAGCAGCCAAAAGAGCACGCAGUGGGGAAGAGAUACAAAGGAGAAGUUUGUUUCUAGCCAAAAGAGCACGCAGUGGGGAAGAGGAAGAGAUACAAAGGAGAAAAGCAAUACAGGAGCACCAGCAACUUGCUGCACGCAUGGAAAAGUGCCCAUACUGCUUUGAUAGCAGUGAACUUUCUAAACAUCUUAUUAUUGCAAUUGGCACCAAGGUAUACUUAUCUCUACCAAGCAACCAGUCCCUUACUGAAGGUCACUGCCUGAUAGCCCCUCUGCAACACCAUACUGCAGCCACUCUUUUGGAUGAAGACAUCUGGGAAGAAAUCCAGGUGUUCCGAAAUGCAUUGGUUAAAAUGUUUGAAGCUAAAGACCUGGACUGUGUGUUCCUAGAAACAAAUAUGAGUAUGAAGAAAAAGUAUCAUAUGGUAUAUGAAUGCAUUCCUCUUCCCAAAGAAGUAGGAGAUAUGGCUCCAAUCUACUUUAAGAAAGCUAUAAUGGAGUCUGAUGAAGAGUGGUCCAUGAACAAGAAGUUAAUUGAUCUUUCUUCAAAAGAUGUUCGGAAAUCUGUUCCUAAAGGAUUGCCAUACUUUUCUGUGGACUUUGGCCUUCAAGGAGGAUUUGCUCAUGUGAUUGAAGAUCAACACAAUUUCCCUCAUUACUUUGGAAAGGAAAUUAUUGGUGGCAUGCUGGACUUGGAACCACGGCUCUGGAGGAAAGGAAUCAGACAGAACUUUGAGGAACAGAGGAAGAAGGUGUUGCAGUUUGCACAGUGGUGGAAGCCAUAUGACUUUACCAAAAAGAAAGAAUGA